AUGCUUUCCCGGGUUCUGCAAGACACAUCUAUGAUAAAGUGUUCGGCGCUACGCGUGAAACGAAAAGAGGAUGAACAUGGAGGAGCGUCGAGUUGCAACGGGAGUCGGUAUAUUCAGCUUUUGUGGCGUUUUUUUUCUCACUUUUGCGUUGCUGUGCAGCGCAGAUAGAAGGACAUUUGUGUGCUAAUUUACCGCAGGACACUUAUUUGGCAUUGAAUACAACUAAUAUGCUUCUCCUUUUGCUUUUCUAAAUAUCUACCCACGGGCGGCUCAACCCAUUCCGUAUCUUUCUCCAACUUUCUCAAAGGACAUGUCUAUGCCUCACUGUGACUGAAUUUCCCACCCCCUCAGAUAAGUAAAUCAAAAUGCUCGUUUACAGCACGGCCAGCUCGUCUUCUUCCUCCGGGACCCCGGGUGCGGGAUCUCGCGGGGCGUUCGGGGUCCUCGAGAGUAAUCUGCCUUCCAACGGAACAUCAGCAAGCGGGUUGCGGGAAGCGGCUCGGCUGGCCGAUGUGCUGAAGGAGAAGGAUCUGGAGAUUGCGAGGCUGGAAGCGAAGUUAGCAAGACAGGACCGCGCGCUGCAGGCGUUGCGCCAACAGCAACUCGAGUCCGAACUGUACGCCGCCGCGCGGGAGGUGGUUCUGCAGAGCAACUCGACCUCCAGUUUCGGCGACAGCACGAAGCAGGCCGCGGAACAAUCCUCCUCAACAGCGAGCCUCAGUUCCCUCGACCGGUCACUCGCGCCCGCAGCCGAGCGGACCAGAACGCAGGCGAGGAUCCGGCAAGAACAGCUGCUGAAAAGCAAGGUGGCCAACGCCGCCCUGGCCGCGAACGCCGGAGGUGCGAAGCUGCCCGCGCGGGUGCAGUGUGAGCGCUUCCGCACGGGUGCGUGCGUUUCAAACGAAGUUUUUCGGCCGCCCGAGGGGCAGACGCUGCAGACGCGGUCGCAAGAGUACCUGGGGCUGGUGGACCUGGGCGCGCCCCAACCGGUUUUUUUCUCCGAGGUAAGGAAAGAAAGCCAGGUGAUCGAUCCAGAAGAUCGGUUGUCCGAUGAAAAGAAGAGCACCAAAAGCGAGAGCGGUAAUAGUACUACGACUAGAGCUGACAUCAAAAAUGCGGCUUCUCCGCCUGCUGCCGAGGGGCAAGAAGAACGGGCGACGCUCCAUCCUCGCAAAACAGGACGUGGCAGUACACUGCGCUCGAGCGUGCAGGAGCGAGAGGAUGCGAGUGCGACAACAGAGGUUCCAGCAGGAGCACCUUCGAUUCGAACAAGCGGUAGUAUUUCCUCCGCCUCCGCGUCCGGAAAAACCACUCUCACCGAGCCAGCGCGAGAGGAUGUACAGAGCUACCCGUCACAAUUGAGUCUGUUAGUCGACCUUCAUUCACGAUUUCGCUGUCUAAUGCACCAAAACGCGCUGUCGCGAGAGGGCGCCACGCAAGCAAUCGAAGCGGCUGAAAAUGCCGCUGCUGUAGACGGAGAUGACAUGAAAGAGCGAAGAAAUACAGAUGCGCCUUCGCCGAGUGCGCAGCAGGUGGCUAGUAGUACACUGGAAGGACAAAAAGAGCAGGACGACAUGAUGAAACCGAAACCGAAAACCCUUUCCAGUCCUGCUGGAGCGAACGUUCGCAAAAAUUCUUCGCCACUGAAAAAUCCGGCAUUGCGUGCGAGUGAAGACAAGGGCUCACGGGAGGCUUUUGAGUGGCUGAAGCGCGAAUACGUCAGUAGCCACUUCCGUGUGAAACUGCAGCCCCACCUAUCAAAAGCAAAAAUCCCCCCUCCCCAUAUCGAAAAGGUAUGUUCCCGAGAAUUUGUGUUGCUGAUUUGAGGUCGCAAAUCGCCUUUGUAUUGCAAGAGAGCAAGGGCAGAAGCUUCCGCCCCACUAUGGAAGCGAUUUGUCAUGCUUUUGGCCCUAAAAGUGACCCGCUUGCCAUGCUGAACAACUAGACCCAUACGCCCCUACCGAGCCUGGGGAUCUGGCCGCAGUGCCUCUGUGCAAUACAAGGCUGAUUUGUGGUCACAAAUCAGCAUCACAAAUUUCUGUUUUGAUAUGGGGAGGGGGGGUUUUUCAUUUCGAUGCCACCCCUACUUCUCACAUUUCCAGCGCGCGAAAAAGACUGUCACGCUUGAUCCGCAAAUAUGCCAGAAAAAAACUAUGUGAGUGUAAGUUUGUGAUGCAGAAAGUGCAAAACUGUAUACACUUGUCAUGAUGGAUCUGCGUCAUAGGCUACUUUCAUAGGUGUUUCCAUGUACUAGCUGCGCAUGACAGGUUUUCCCUGUAAUGCAAAGCGAAUUUGUGAUGCUGCUCUUCCUACGAACCUACACUUACACAGUUUUUUUCCUGGAUAGCAAAUCAAGGCCGAGAUGCAGCGGUUGGGGACCGGUUUGUGCGCCCUCCAGCUUGACGAGCAGCAGAUGAACGGAGGCGAUUCUUCAGAAAGGCACACGGUAAGAAACGAUAGCAAAGCACAACCUUCAUCUGAGGAGCCCGCGUCCAAGGCGCCAAUGAUUCCAGGCCGCUUCUCGUUUUUCGUUUCUUCAAGCCCGUUCCAUGAUGCGGAGAAAACUACGGCCGCGCAAGAAGAACACUCAGGUGCAGUGACUGGGCAGCAGAGCAUGUCGGGAAGAAAAAAAACCAUCUCCGUGGCACCGAAACCAUUUUUGCACUUGCUCGAGCCUCCAAACCCAAGGACGCCAGAAAAAGAAGGCACAAGAAGCCGAGCUUUUCGACCACGAGAUGUUGAAACGGAUGUGCCCGCGACUGACGCCCAAGACGGAAGAACCGAUAGCGCAACACAAGCAAGCUCUACGAGAGCGACAGACACACCUUCGUAUGGGCAGGGAGAUGCCAGAAGCAGCGGGAAAAAUAGGUCUAGCUUUUCGAAUUCAUCCAUCGGGCUGUGGCGACAAGCCGAGGAACUUCUCGCGGACGAGCUUCGAUUUUUGGUUCGUGAGUGCCCGUGCUCGGAAAACUACAAUGUUCCCCCCGCGGACGUCUUAGAAACGCUAGACACCGCUGUCACCUUUCUGGCCGCGAUCCUGGAGCUCCCUCCAGAGUUUCUCAACGAUACUUCUAGCAGGCAAACGGGUUAUUUUCAGGAGGAAAAGAUUGAUUGCCAGCGGAACAAAAACCAUACUGCAAAGAACCUGCUUUCCGAACAAUCUGACGGGGUAUUUUUACUAGACGAGCUUUUGGAGGACGUGGAGCCCGGCAUUUCAGAUUUCGUCGCUUCCGCAGAAGAUGGAGACCGUUUUCCCUUUCUGCAACCGACGCCGGAGCAGGCACGAACGAGAAUGAAGAGUCGAAAGACCAACGAAAAUGACACCACAACUGGUACAAGAUCGAAAACGAAGGCAGAUGUUGACCAGCAAAUAAGCAAAGCGAAGAACAGUGCUCACCUUCCUGGGCACCAGUUUUCCCCUAGUAAGAAACCAAGUUUCGACUUUUCACCGGGAAAACGAGCUAUGUCCAGCACUUCAAAAGCGAAGAAAAACUACCCCCGCGUGCCCGCCGGCACGGAUGCGCUGUGCGAGGUUUUGAUUCACUGCAUAUCGUUGGCGCUCCCAACGAAAGAAGACCAGGAGAAGCUACAAAGACUAUUGCAGCUUGUCAACGCCAACAUAUCUCACAACGAAAACGACACUACGCGUCUGGGCAAAACUGGCUACCUGUUGUCAUUGUUUGAAAUCGCGCUAGCAGAAGCAGGCAGAGCAGGCGUCUGACGCUAUAGUACUUUCCAGCUUUUAGUACAAGAAUAGAGCAAAAUC